AAACAAAACAAAAAAAAUAAAAAAAUCUCAGUCAAUUUUCAUUUGUGAAACAGAACAGUUUAAUAUUUCAAUAUUUAACAAAAAAAGAAAAUAUUCAAAACAACAGCACAAGCAGACCAAUUUGUUAAGCAUCUGAAGUGUGUAGAAAAUUAUGAAAAAUUUCUAAAUUGAUGAAAUAAACAAGAUGGGUCUGGCUGCUACCACAAUUAAACACAUUUUGUUGCUUUUAAAUUUUAUAUUUACGGUUUUGGGUUUGAUAUUAAUUGGUUUUGGCAUAUUUAUAUUAAUAAGCGGUGCAGAAAACAAAGUCGAUCAUGGAGAAAAUGUGGCUGGAGGAGUCAUAAUUACACUUGGUGUCAUAAUAUUAAUUAUUGCAAUAUUCGGCUGUUUGGCGGCCAUACAUGAAUCCAAGAGAAAACUAAUAAUUUAUGUUUUGAUAUUGAUAGUAAUAAUAUUGAUACAAUUGUUAUUGACAAGCAUGGCAUCACAUGGUACCCAAGACGGUUUAGCCGGUAGUGUUAAGCAAGGUUUUGAUGAGUUGUGGCUGCAGGAAAACAAAGAACCAGGAGCAUUGGCUUAUUAUGAAGAUUGGUUACAUUGUUGUGGUGUCAAUAGUACAGAAGAUUAUCGUCUGAUAAAACAUGAAAUACCGAAAACAUGUUGCAAGGAACACAAUUGUGCCUUUCCGGAUAAUAUCUACACAGAAGGUUGCCAAAUAAAAUUCGAGGAAUAUUUGUCCGAUAAAAUGCUCACAUUCACUAUAGUCAACAUUUUACUGAUCAUUGGAGAGAUUAUUGCUGCAAUAUUCGGGUGGCUUUUAUACAGCAGCUUAAAAAACGAAAGUCGACGUUCAAAUCUUAGUUGGAUGUAAUUUAAAUAGUUUAAGUUAAAUGUUUUUAUUAUACUCAAUUGAUUGGUUUAAUUUGUGAUAAAGAAAAUAAAUAACUAAAAUCCUUUUUUAUAA